AAAGAAGAUCGUCUUGGGGAAGAACUUGACACCUAGCCUCACCUACAAGGAGGGUCCACCUAGCUCCACCUACAAGGAGGGUCUACCUAGCCCCACCUACAAGGAUGGUCCACCUAGCCCCACCUACAAAGAUGGUCCACCUAGCCCCACCUACAAAGAUGGUCCACCUAGCCCCACCUACAAGGAGGGUCUACCUAGCCCCACCUACAAGGAGGGUUCACCUAGUCCCAACUACAAGUAUGGUCCACCUAGCCCCACCUUCAAGGAGGGUUCACCUAGCCCCACCUACAAGAAGGGUUCACCUAACCCCACCUACAAGUAUGGUCCACCUAGCCCCAUCUACAAGGAUAGUCCACCUAGCCCCACCUACAAGGAGGGUCCACCUAGCCCCACCUACAAGGAUGGUCCACCUAGCCCCACCUACAAGGAGGGUCCACCUAGCCCCACCUACAAGGAGGGUCCACCUAGCCCCACCUACAAGGAGGGUCCACCUAGCCCCACCUACAAGGAUGGUCCACCUAGCCCCACCUACAAGAAUGCUCCACCUAGCCCCACCUACAAGAAUGGUCCACCUAGCCCCACCUACAAGGAGGGUUCACCUAGCCCCACCUACAAGGAGAGUUCACCUAGCCCCACCUACAAGGAGAGUUCCCCUAGCCGACCUACAAACCAAUCACAACGCCUGGAUUCUGUCGUUACCAGGAACUGCAAAGCGAGUUUUCACAUUACAAAUGACCAAUUAAGUCAGAAUCCCCCGGCCCCACGGAUCUCUGUAUCCCAGAAGUGCUUUAACCGUGGGGGCCAGCAAAGCGAAUCCUUCUCCGGCAGUAAUGAGAAGGAACAAUCAAGAGGAUCAAGAGGAACAAACAAGAGGAACAAACAAGAGGAACAAACAAGAGGAACAAUCAAGAGGAACAAUCAAGAGGAACAAUCAAGAGGAACAAGAGGAACAAUCAAGAGGAACAAACAAGAGGAACAAUCAAGAGGAACAAGAGGAACAAACAAGAGGAACAAUCAAGAGGAACAAGAGGAACAAACAAGAGGAACAAUCAAGAGGAACAAGAGGAACAAACAAGAGGAACAAGAGGAACAAGAGGAACAAACAAGAGGAACAAGAGGAACAAGAGGAACAAGAGGAACAAACAAGAGGAACAAGAGGAACAAACAAGAGGAACAAUCAAGAGGAACAAGAGGAACAAUCAAGAGGAACAAGAGGAACAAACAAGAGGAACAAGAGGAUCAAUCAAGAGAAACAAAAGGAACAAUCAAGAGGAACAAUCAAGAGAAACAAAAGGAACAAUCAAGAGGAACAAUCAAGAGGAACAAGAGGAACAAACAAGAGGAACAAGAGGAUCAAUCAAGAGAAACAAAAGGAACAAUCAAGAGGAACAAUCUUAAGACACGACGUAAGAAGGGGAAAA